AUGAAAUUUAUAAUUACUUUUUUCUGGAGAUCAAUUUAUUUUUAUUCCUCAGAUUCAUUUUAUCUUAUAUUCAAUAGAAUACCAUUUUAGAUCAUAAUUAUUAAUUUAAUGUAGCCACUCAAAAAUCCAUUUGGUAUUAUAGAUCCAAAUGAAAACCCAAGGCAAUUCCAGAGUAAUCCCUUUGACAUAUAAAAUGAAGAUUUGAAUGAAACCAUUAAAUUAGGUGACAACGUGGAAAAUCAGGAAGAGAAACAUUUAUUGUUUGACUCAUCAAACUCGCAACCUUAGGAAUCCAUUGAAGACAUACCACUAUUAGAAGACCUUGAUAUAACCUCGCCAUUGCUCAUUAAAUAAAGGAUUUUGAGUGUUCUUUUUUUCUAAAAAUGUGAUAGCGAGUAUUUGGAAGAUCCAGAUCUCUCAGGUCCCGUCCUAAUUGUUGCAGCCUUAGGACUAUUGCCACUAUUAACAGGAAAAGUGCAUUUCAAUUAUAUUUAUGGGAUUGGAUUGUGGGGCUGGAUGUUGCUCUAUUUAUUAAUGAAUUUUAUGAUCCAACAACAAGGCAAGCAGAUAGAGUUCUAUAAAAUAUUGAGUUAUUUGGGUUAUGGACUGGCACCUAUAGUAUUGUUGACAUUUCUCAGCGUGUUUUUGUAACUGAAUUCAUCAUUUGGAUAUGCAUUAGCUAUUGUUUGUGCAGUCUGGUCUACUGCCAGUGUUUCAAAAACCUUCGAUACUGUAAAAUUAUAAAAUAACUAUCAGAUUUUAGCAUUGCAACAUAGAAGAUUCCUAAUAGCCUAUCCAUUAUUUCUAUUCUAUUGCACAUUUGUAAUUAUAACAAUAUUUUGA